CUCUCCACUCACAUUAGCAGCAACUCCUAGAACUACAGCAUGGUGCUCAAUUGUACAGAGAUUGACGACGUGCUGGAGAGGUACUACCUGUCACCAUUUUAUGGCAUCGAGUUCUGCAUUGGUUUCCCCGGCAACCUUUUGGUUAUACUUGGCUACAUAUUUUGUUUGCCAAAGUGGCAGAGCUGCAAUAUCUACCUCUUCAGCCUGGCAGUCUCCGACCUUCUUUUCCUCUGCACACUGCCACGCCUCUCCUACCUCUAUGCAAAUGACCAAUCAGAGACCAGUCCUUAUGCUUGUGUUAUCAACCGCUAUGUCCUGCAUGUCAAUCUUUACUCAUCCAUCCUGUUUAUGGUUUGGCUUAGCAUGGACCGCUUCCUGCUCAUUAAACACCCAACACAGAACCACUGCCUGCUGAGGCCACGGACAGCCCUGAUCGUGACAGCCCUGAGCUGGCUAGCAGUCAAUGUGGAAGUUGCUCCAAUGGUAUCACUGAUGGUCCACGACCUUCAGAGCGGAAACGGGAGUCGCUGCAAGGAUUUUGCCAGCCUCAAAGGAGACAUCAAUACAUUGGGCUACAGCCUGGGGCUAACCUUGACCGGUUACGUUCUCCCUCUGCUUGGACUUUGUGGUUUCUCCUACCAAAUUGCACAUCUGCUCCGUGUCCAGGAAAGGGCUGUGCAACGCAGGGCAACGUCGUACAAGCGGCCUCUCAGAGUCGCUGCAUCGGCUGCAGUCAUGUUUCUGGUUCUCUACACUCCCUACCAUGUUCUGAGAAAUGUCAGGAUAGCAUCUCGGCAGGGCUGGGCAGGGCUGCAACUGUGCACAAGGAUGUACAUAGAGGGCCUGUACAUCAUGACCAGACCGCUGGCCUUCUUGCACAGUGUCAUCAACCCCGUCUUCUACUUCCUCAUGGGUGACAAGUUCAGAGAGCUCCUAUUCGCUAAGCUCAGAAAGCUAGUCAGGAAAAGGCAGCAGCAAAGAGAAUCAGCCUGACCAAAUUCAACAAAAGGUACCUACAUAUGAGACACACAUCAAGAAAGUACAUCCAUACUGAGCUCCAUCUUCAUCUUUAUUUUGUUAAAGUAUGAUGCUAAAAUUAAUAUUACUAUUUUUAUAGUAACACUCUGUUUAAGCAUGUAUAUAAGUAGGUAUGCACAGAUAUGUUGCUGUUUGUAUUUGUAUCUGUAUGUUCUGAAAAAGCAUUAUUAUUCCUUAAUAAUUGUAUUGUAUUCCUA